ACACCUGUUCCUCCGGCGGUGAUCCUUGUUGUUGUCUGCGUAACACCAGAAAAUAAAGCAUCGCGAACAGACUGUUAAUAAACUGGAGACGCAGUUAAACAGCUGGAGUAAACUCCGUCGUCCAAAAUGUCCACCGAGGAGCUGUCAGCCUCGGACAGCGAGGCUGUCCUCGCCGGCGCGGGGGAGCGAUGGGCACCGGUCGGCGCUGUGGCCAGUCCCGAGGAUGAGAGCAGGGGCGGGAGCGCUGGCCAGCCGAAGCAGAGAAGCUCGUCCUCGGCCACUGAGGAGGACAUGUCCGCUAGGCUGGAGAAACUAAAAGAGGAGCAGGAGCUGCUGAACUCCUCCCUCCUCGCCCUCACCUCUCACUUUGCCCAGGUUCAGUUCCGUCUGAAGCAGAUAGUUCACGCCCAGACCGAGGAGAAGGAGAGGAUGCUGGCCGAGCUGGAGGAGUUCGCUUUCAGGGGCUGCCCGCAUGUGGUGGGCUGCCGAGCUCAGGACGCCAAACAGCUGGAGAACUCGGGUGAUCUGAGUGAGAGGGAGAAGAGAGAACGUCUGGAGGCUCAGAGGGAAAAACAGAAGGAUCUCAUUUUCCAGCUGAAGACACAGCUGGAUGAUCUGGAGCGCUUCGCCUAUCAGGAGGGCAGCUAUGACUCGCUGCCGCAGUCUGUUGUCAUGGAGAGGCAGAAGGUCAUCAUUGAUGAGUUGAUCAAAAAGCUGGAUGUUAACCUGAACGAGGACAUUGGGAACUUGUCGCCCGAGGAGCUGAGACAGAGAGUGGACGCUGCCAUUGCUCAGAUAGUGAACCCAGCCAGGGUCAAAGAGCAGCUGGUGGAUCAACUUAAAACCCAGAUCAGAGACCUGGAGAUGUUCAUCAACUUCAUCCAGGAUGAAGUGGGGAACCCCCUCCUAUCAGAUGGUGGACACAGCCAGCAGCCACAAGCAGCCGGGACUAAUGCCCGAGGUCCAGGAGUGAAGAAGAAAGUGGACCCAGAGCAGGCCCAGAAGAUGCGAGAGACCGGCCUGCAGCUGAUCCAGAAGGCCCUCGCCGUGCUGCAGAUCUUCGCUGCCAGCCAGUUCGGCUGCGCUCCUGGCCACGUUCCUCAGAACAUGUGGUCUCAGGAGUCCGGGGGACAGGACUACGGACCCCUGCUGCAGCGUCUGGAGGCUGCUGUUGACAAGGUGCGAGUGCUGGGCUCAUGCAGACAGCCCUCCUUCGAACAUGUCGUCAACUACACCAGCAACUCGGCACUGGGACCCCGAGACGAGCUGACUUCGUUGGUGAGGAAGGAGCUGGCGAUUGCUCUGAAAGACUUGUUGGCUCAUGGCCUCUUCUCUCCCUCCCAGACCAUGAGCCUGGUGCUGGCACCCAUCUCCUGCCUGCUGCCUUACAGACCAGCUCCACAGACCAUGCACCCAUGGGAACUCUUUGUGAAAUUCUAUCACUCCAAAAACGGGAAGGCUUUUGUGGAGACGCCAGCUCGCCAGCUGUCACAUUCGUUCAGCCUGCCUGUAGGGGGCGGCCCCGUGACCAUCACCCCGAAACAAUCUCUGCUGUGGGCCAUACACACUGUGCUGAAGGAGCACGGACGCUACAAACGGGGACCGGACACAGAGUUUAAAGCUCUGGUGUGCAUGGCCCUGAACGAGCAGCGGCUGGUGUCGUGGCUCAACCUGCUGUGUAAGUCUGGGACUCUGAUUCACCCACACUACCAGGCCUGGAGUUACAUGGCCCAGACCGGCUUUGAAGGAGCCCUGCGAAUCCUGGGCCGCAUCAGCCACCUCAAAUUCAACCUUCCAGUGGACCUGGCUGUCCGGCAGCUCAAGAACAUUAAAGAUGCUUUUUGAGGAGCAAAACGUCGGUUAAAAAAUAACUAAACAUCUGUCUCGGAAGUAUUUCAUCAGCUAAAUUACACUGCUCUUACUGGCAUUCAGGACCAAAAGCAUGACUCUGUGCUUCAAGUAUGUAACCUUAUGAAGGUUAUUUAAGUAGCUACCCAUCUUAAGUAAAGCGCAAGUAUGAGAUGUCUACAGUACAUGCAUGGAUGAUUAUGUUGUGCGAGCUUCUGCCAUGAGCAACCAUAAUCUGCAUAUGUUUGAGAUGCCAAAAUGUCAAGACGACAAUGCUACUCGUACUGUAAACAUGCCUUAGACAGAAGAUUGAGAUUACCUCAUCUUUAGUGAAGCCUUCCUGACCUUUGCAACCUGUGCUCAUACACUGUAUCGUCCCCGUGUGUUCAUGAUAGUGUCCUAACCUAUGCAGCAAAGAGAGAGGUAGGAUUUGUACAGUAUUCAGUACUGUAAUGUGGCUGCAACAGAGACAAUCCAGAAAGAAAAAUAAUGAGCAGAAACUCGAUACUGUGGCUUUUACACAGUAACAAGAGCUUGUGAUGUAUUGUAAGAAAAAGAACAGUGACUUCUGUUACGAAAUUUCUGAUUUUAGUGGUAAAUCCUGUGUAGCAGAGUGGUUGAUCUUAAAGCACUCAGGUCAGCUUGAACUGAAAAUUGUCUCCAUCGUGAUACACUGCUCAAACUUAAUGUUUUACUACACAUACACAGCUCCCAGCAACUCCAUUUGAAACCUCUGAAGCUGUUACUACUUCUUGCACGUUGUGUUUCAGGUGUGUUAGACCCUGUAUAAACUGCUGCUUUUCUCCUAUUCCAGGUGUAGUUGAUAUUAAAACGACAGUGCUAUUGUAUAAGAAUGAUGUAAUGCAGUGUGUCCCACAGAAUUCGAGUGUAUGCUGUAGCUGACAGGAUGGGGCUGGUCAGAAGUGUCAGAUCUUUUAAAUGUGUGUGUUCCUUUGUAUCAUUCUGUGUCCCCUCUGAAAAUUCAGAGGUUUUUGCGGGUCCGUGAACGCAGCGCAGGUGGAACUCUACAUAAGUUCUUUUUAUCCUCAGCUGCAGUUUUUUUGACUUGAGGGGUGGAUAAUUGAUCUGUCGAUCUGGUCAGAGCUGAUCAGAUCAAUA